AUGGAUACAGCGUAUAAUUCAGUCUGGGUCUAUGAGUACCUCGAAAAGCUCACGCAGUGCAGCGGCCUCAAAGCCCACCAUACUGAGAUCCAAGAGCUCCACCGCGCGUUUCGCGAGGUAGUCUAUGACCGUCGUUAUUAUCUGGUUGCCCAGCGGAUGGAUCGUGCCAACGAGAAUCGCGGACUGAGUGGGCAUUACGAACUGCUUCGAUCUUCCGCGCUACAACUUAUCCACCUCGGGGAGCAACUGGAGGCUCUUGGAGCUUCUACAUCUGCCUCAGACGAGACGGUCGAGCGGACUGAUAGCGCGUCUGUGGAGAAAACCCGGGCCGAGAUCAACAACCAGAUCCGCAGAGGGAUCGUGAUAGCGUGGGCGGGGCUCGAAGACCUGAACGGACUCAUCACGGACGAACUCGAAGGCGACAAGGCGCGCAAGCCCUUCUGGCAACAGAUCGCGGAUAAGCGGUUCAGCCCGGCGGAUUACCGGGAGUUUGAAAAGCAGCUGGAGGACUGGAUCGCAGGACGGCAACCGGAGCAUGAGGAUGUUCAAGGCCAUGGAUUUCAGCUGACCGAGACACAGAAACGACUGAUCCGGCUCAAUGUUCAGCGUCGACACUAUCUCGUCGCGCUACAGCAGAACUCGUCGGGCGUGUACACCGUUGACCAGUUCCUGGCGGCGCGAGAGCAGGGCGUGAGUUUCCCGGCUCCGCCGAACGCGGAUGUCGUUAUCAACGGCUCCUGGGAGCGCACGUUGGCCCCGGCAGAUGAGUUGGCGGCGCCGGGGACCUUCCGAUGUCCAUGCUGUCUCGAACUGCUCUCGGAUACGCUGCUCAGUGACGAAGGCUCCUGGAGGAGUCACAUCUAUGAGGACCUCCAGCAUCUCACCUGUCUAGUCCCUGGAUGCAACGUCCAGGAGGCCGAGGGCUUUAUCACGGCACACGGGUGGGUGGAGCACCUGACAACAGGGCGAAGGAUUAACGAGGAGUAUGAUAGAUUUGAAGCGCUCGAGCGGGGCGAGAAAAAUCCUCAGGCUGUUGCGAAGGAGCCCAAGACGCCCCAUGUCGAUAUCGAGGUUUGUCCCAUCUGUCAGUGGCGGCCCGCAGAGGAAUGCCCCGAUCCAGCCGCGAUGUUCACUCAUCUGAAGUCGGAGCUGCUAUACUUUGCGCUGCUAUCGUUCCCGUGGGCUUUGAAGCCACCAUAUAAUCUGUUGGCGAAGGGCGCUUUCGAAUCGUGGCUGGAGCAUCAGAAAGGUCUUGAGGGAUUGAAUCGGGAAUCUGAUGAGCCGAGUAAUGGUCUUCCAGGCGUUGGUCCCGUCGAGACGCAGAGCUAAUGUGUCUAUUAACUUUGUUCUAGGGAGCCCAGUUC